AUGGAAAAGAACGUACCAAUAAGCAAGAAGCUACGGAACAUCGUACGUUUUGUCAUGUACAUGUUACACAAAGGCAUCUCGAAGCAAAAGCUCCUCGCUGACUUCAACGCCACUCUCAAACGCGGCAAGAAUCUCAUCUUCCACAACCGCCGCCGCGUCCCAGCCACUGCCUCUUCCCAACCGCGGAAAGAAUACGAGUUUAGCUGCAGCGACACUCCAAACUACUCAUUCCCCUUUAACAUGGCCGCCGCUUUCAAGAAGAAGAAGAGUCACCACAUUAGUCUCUUCGCGUGUGGUCAAGCACCACCGACCCUCGACGACGACACCUCCGCCUCCUUAGCCGUGCUUGAGCUUCUCAACGGCAACGGAGAACAAGAACGUGGCAGUAAGACGCAGGCGUUGUCUCCUUAUAACUUGCCCUGGUUUGGACGGAGUUCACCGUCAGUGAGACCUUUACGUGUGACGGACUCACCAUUCCCGUUACGGGAAGAUGGUGACGUGGCUAACGGACAUGUGGACAAAGCAGCCGAGGAGUUUAUAGUGAAGUUUUACAAGAACUUGAAUCAGCAAAAGAAGAUUGAGUUCUCACCUAAUUGAUAAAUCUUCUUUUUCAUGUCUCUUCCUAAAUAUUUUUCUCUCUAUUCUGCUAAUUUGGUUCCGAAGUUGUAAUAAAUAUUUUUGGUACGAGGGUUUGGGAUUAUUUUCUCAUAUCUUGAUGAAAUUGGAUUUAUC